AUUUUUCAGGAAAAUACAGUAGGAACCCAGUAUACUAGGGUAGUGAAAUUAGAUUUCUAUAACCAUACCGAGUGUGAAUGUAAAGAAAAAUCUGAGUAUGACCUGUUAGAUCCUGGAAUCAAUGGUGGAAUUACUUACAAGUCAUCUGAAACGCUUUAUAACACACCUGAACCUGAAAACCUCAAGAGAUGCAAAUGUCCGAAACCAUUUCAGCCAACGAGCAACAGUUAUGAAUGCACAUGUGACUGUGAGGAAGGCAACCAAGACUGCAUUCAGCUCAAGAAGGGAAAAGAACAUUUUAGCAUGAAUAACAGAAUGUGCAUCCAAAAUGGCGAGUGCGAAACCCCUCACUGUGAAUAUGGUAGUUACAUGUCGCUAAUGGGGAAAUGUCCCAGCAAGAUGGACAAACUUGAGGAAUACAGAAGAAUCAACCUGCAUUUUUGAUAAAUAUUUCGUGACAAAAUGUUCAAAGUUAAUUCGUUAGUGAUAUUACAGUGCUAAGUGAGAGAUCUGAUAUACUAUUUCAUGGACCGGUGAAUUCGUUUAUGAAGUGUUAUUUAUAUUGAUCUGUCAUUCAUUCACUCAAGCAAGGUGUUUCAAAGUCGUUCAUGUGAUAACGUGGUUAUAGCGCAGAUUACAACAACUACGUUUAGUAUCUUGCCAGUUUCCCGCCUUUUUUGUUUACUUCUCUAGGCAUCAGUCUGUGCUCUAUACUAGACAUGUACUAUUCUGAUCAUUCCCAUAUUGAUUUCAAUUUAAGAGCCACCGGUAGACAGAUGUUUCAGCCUAUUAGUGCAUCGGGCAUCGUCAUUACCGGCCUGGCGGUCCUCAAUUGAAGACUAACUGUUAAUAACCAAGAAAAGUACAUGAUAAAAAUAACUCCGUAAACGCGAGCGAGACCUAAGUGGAAUCACCUUGGGUUGACUUGGGUGUCACAACAGUAGGUGCUGGUUCCACUUAUCGACAGCCAUCUUGGGUUCUUCCAGGCUGGAGCCUUGCUCCUUUGCCCUUUGAGCUGAUAAGGUUCCACUUAUGUCUUUAUCGAGUACUUUUCUUGGUUAUUCACAUUUAGUCUUCAAUCGAGGACCGCCUGCCCGGU